GGCAAAAACGAAACGGAAGCUGGUCAGAGGAAAUCUCCCUCGAAAGGGGUUUGAAUUCUUUGUAGUGGCCGCUUGGUAAAAAAAAGGUCUUUAAAAAAAUGGUGAAAAUUUUUGUGGGAAAUCUGCCCCGGGAGGCAGACCAGGAUGAAAUCAAGGCACUCUUUACACAGUACGGCACAGUCACAGAAUGUGCCAUCAUCAAGAACUACGCCUUCGUCCACAUGGAUGACCGAAAGGCCGCCACCAAAGCCAUCAAAAAUCUGCACCUCUACAAGCUUCAUGGCACACCGAUCAACGUUGAGGCCAGCCACGGGAAGAACCAGGGCUCAGUCAAACUGCAUGUAGCGAAUGUAGAGAAGGGAUCUGAUGAGGAGCUCCGUGCUCUCUUUGAAGAGUAUGGCACAGUCACAGAGUGUGCUGUUGUCAAGAAUUUUGCUUUUGUACAUAUGUCCAACUCUGAUGAGGCCAUGGAUGCCAUCAAAGGACUGGACAACACAGAAUUCCAAGGAAAACGCAUCCAUGUCCAGAUUUCCAAGAGCCGUCCCAGACAUGACGAACGGGAUGACUACCCCCCUCCUCCCCCAGACAGAGGUGGCUACUGGCCUCCACGCUAUCCAGGAGAGAGGCACGAGCCUCCCCCACCCAGCUACCUGAGAGGCCGUCUCAGCCAUAUACCCCCAGGUUACCCAGCCCCCCCUCUGCCACCCCCUCCCCCUAGACGAGCUGUUUAUCCCGACCGUCCCUAUGAGGGUGAGAGGGACAGAUAUGGCGUGGUAGAUUACUAUGAGAAGUACAGAGCUCGUCCGUAUGGCAUCGCCUCCUAUGAGGAUCAACGUGCUGGCGCCCCUCCUCCUCCCCCUCCCCCCUCAGCCGUCGUCCGAGACCGUCUUAUGACCUCGCCGCUUGACCCGUAUGAGCGUCGCCCCCUCCCACCUCCCCCGUCCUCGUACUACGCCCGAGAUCGCAGCCCCCUCAGGAGAGCGCCUAGCACGCCAAUGCCCCCCGCCAGUAAUGGUUACUCCUAUGAGCGCUCCCGACUCUCUCCGGUCUCCCGGGUCCCGGCAUACGGAGUUCCACGUGCCAGGGACCCCUACGCAGACCGGCUGCCCCCGCCACCGCCUGCACGCUACGCUUAUUAAGCAAGGCCCGGCAUGUGAAGGAUCGUCGUCCGACUGCGUCGCCACUCGCCGCCUCCUGAUGCACGUGACACUAUCCACUUCCUGUCUGCGGCAGAGCGCGUUACGUUCCCCUGAGAUGCUCACAGGAGGAACUGAAUUGCCGACGUCCACGUCUGUUUUUGUUUUUAUUAUUUUGGGACAACUUUUAAUCUCGUAUUUUUUUCCCCAGAUUGUUUUAGUUUGUCAUUGUGCUGUAGUAUUUUUAAUGCUUGACGUCUGAGUUAGGCGUGUUUUUUUUUUUUUUUUUUUUUUUUUUUUUUUUAUUGUACCUUUACGUUUGGAUAAUUAGUGUUCUGAUGUGGUGUGUAACCUUAGAAAGCUGAAUCAUUUCAGCAGAAGUUUCUAGGCGAUACUUGUGACUGUAGAUUUAACUGAACUGAAUUAUGUUUGGUAUUAAAUCUAGUCUGCACGUUGCUUCCAUCAUGUUAAACUUUACAUCGAAAACUAAACCUCCAUGUGGCGUUGCUGUGAAAAUUUAAACUGCUAAGACAUAGGAGUUUUUACACAUUUAGAAAGUAACUGUUAGUAGCACAGUUACCAAAAGGCGUUCACAUGUACCUGUCCACUGUUGGAUCUUUCUUUUUUUUUUUUUUUUUUUUAAAUAAAACGGAUUUGUGCAGUAAUGUUGUUCACAGAUGUGCUCAAAUCAUGCCCUGCGCUAAAACACCUCAACAGUGUAACCAACCGCUUGAAUAGAUUUGAAUACUUUCGUAAAUACAAAAUCAUUGAUCAUGCGUUUUAUUUAUGAUGAAAUAACAAACUUUAAAAUCGUCACGCUGAUUAAAGAAACAUCUCUUAUCUGGCCUUCUCUGAAAUACUAAAUACAGCUUUUAUCAUUCAUCAGCGUACCUUUUACCUUGCCCCCCCCCUCCCUAUUAAUGCCAAAACUGAAACUUGCUCCCAUUAUAGCUGAAGUGAAUAAGGGCCACACCCAACAGGUGAGAUUUCAUAGAUGAGACUAGUUACCUUUGAAUCUGGGGGGAGAUGACAUCAAAGGCGACUGGAGAUCUUCAGAGUCAACAGGUAAGUCCAGGGCUUUAAGGACUACUGCAACUACUACAGACAGCACAUGCUCACAUUUAACUGUUUUAUAGGUAAAUAUUACUAGUUAUCUGCUACAGAGGUUUACUUUGAUUUUGAUUAUUUACAGGACCCUGAGUGUUACCUAGUUAAAGUUUGUUUUCCAUGCUGUACACAAUUAUCCAUUCAGCUGUAAAUCUGCUGUUCUUUAUUGUCAGUGUUUGCUGGGAAUUAAUUCUGAGCUACAUAUAUAUAGUUGUCUUUUUUUUCCAGCACUGCCAGCAAAUUGUAGAGCAUGUUUGGCUUUGCGGCAAAUGGUUUUGGAACUGGAAAUUUCAGAGACAUUUAGGAUAGCUAGGUUUGGUUAGAUGACAAGAUUUUGACUUGGGGACAGAAUCAGAAAUUCUACACUUUGUUUUACAGACAUGAUGAGCUUGAUUAAACCCUUGUAAAGCAGGGAAAUAAGUCAAUACAAUGAAGUUGCCAUAUUCACUGAUUUUACACACAGAAUUUUGAUGGAGGUGAGAAGUUUACAGUGCUGUGCUUUGUAUUGCCAUUUUGGAUUCUGACCUGCAUGAAUAAAAUAUUUAAAA